AGGUAGGUGUGACUCAUUCUGCAGUUGCUGAGUGCAUAUCGUAGAGGAUCAAAGGCACAAGCCAACAGGAGCCUUAUCUGGUCAACAGAUAACUUAUCAACAGAUCCCACCAAUCAUGGCACCUCAGGAUGAUGAAGUAACACCCUUACUUGGGAAUUAUAGUUAUAUAUCCACAGACAGUAGCAAAGACAGGUGCUCAUUUAAGCAGCGUUGUAAGACCAUGACAAUGAGACGGUGGGUUUGCUAUGUUAUCCUGGUGCUACUAGCCCUGGUGCUUGUUCUAACAGGGCUGAUAGGGAUUCCCUAUAUGAUGUCUGCUGUUUACAGAUGGGUCAUCGAUAAAAUGAUGGUGCUGGAUCCUUCCUCGCCUCUGUUCGUAGAAUGGCAGACGCCGAAUAUACCCAUGUUUCAGUCUUUUUAUUUUUUUGACAUUCAAAACCCAGAAGAAUUUAAAGCAGGUGGAAAACCAAAUGUUAUCGAGAGAGGACCCUAUGUUUACAAAUUAUUGUUUGACAGAGUCAACUUGACAUUCUACGAUAACAACACCCUAUCCUUUUAUCCACGAUAUUACUAUUCAUUUGAUGAGGAGAAAUCAGUCGGGCCAGAAUCUGAUACAAUAAUCACCUUGAAUAUGCCUUUAGUGACGGUAGCAUACUUUGUGAGGAACUUAGGUCCACUCGUCCAGCUUCCUGUCAAUAUUCUCUUGGAGGAGUUAGGAGAGAGACUCACUCUAAACCUUACAGUAGAUCAGAUACUCUGGGGUUAUGAUGAACCCCUUUUCAAACUUAUUCAGCCAAUAAUCAGCAUUCCAGGCUUUGAUGAAGGGAAGUUUGGCUUCCUCUUACAGUUCAAUUAUACAACAUUGAACCUGUACACUGUGAAUAAUGGAAAAGAAAACCAGUCGUUGCUGAAUGACGUUGUUAACUUCCAGGGCUUGCCUCAACUUAACUGGUGGGGAACACCAGCAACGAAUGAAAUUUUAGGAACAGAUGGUACUAUGUAUCACCCGUAUAUGUCAAGAGAAGAAAAUUUAUAUCUCUUUCAUCCAGAUCUUUGUAGGUAAGUGAUCAUCAUACAUAUUUUCAAAACAGAUUCCAUGAUUCAAUCCAUGUAAGAAGUACUGAUACCCUUCACCUAAUGUACAUUUGCGAUGAAGAUGAUUACAUUUGUAAUUAUUUGCAAUUGUAGAUAAU